UGGGGUUGCAUGACGCCGUGUGUUUCCGGUUUAGUGAAUGUGUACAGCGGCAUUCGAUUCUUCUUUCUUGAAACCCAGUAGAGCAGUCUCACCGACUCCCGACUCCUUUACCUGUUUCCCCCCAUACGGCGUGUUUAAAUCUGCGAAUAUGGCAUCAUCUGCAUCCUCACAGGCACAAACAAACGCUGCUCCAGUUUUGCAAAGAGGGAUUGUAAAAAUGGUGCUGUCCGGGUGUGCCAUCAUUGUGAGAGGCCAGCCGCGCGGGGGCCCCCCCCCGGAGCGCCAGAUCAACCUCAGCAACGUCCGAGCCGGGGCGCUGGCCCGCCGCGCAGCCCAGAGCCAGCCCGACACCAAGGACACCCCCGACGAGCCCUGGGCCUUCCAGGCCCGCGAGUUCCUGCGGAAGAAGAUGAUCGGGAAGGAGGUGUGCUUCAGCGUGGAGAUAAAGACGGCCCAGGGCAGGGAGUACGGCAUGGUGUACCUCGGAAAAGACACCACGGGGGAGAACAUCGCCGAGUCCCUGGUCUCAGAGGGCCUGGCCACAGUGCGCAGAGAGGGCAUCCGAAGCAGCCACCCUGACCAGGCCAGGCUGUGCGACCUGGAGGACCAGGCGAAAGCGUCCAAAAAAGGGAUGUGGUCGGAAGGGGGCGGGGCCCACACCAUCCGCGACCUCAAGUACAGCAUCGAGAACCCGCGCAACUUCGUGGACUCCCUGCACCAGAAGCCGGUCAACGCGAUCAUCGAGCACGUCCGCGACGGCAGCGUCGUCCGAGCCCUCCUCCUGCCCGACUGCUACCUGGUCACCGUCAUGCUCUCCGGCGUAAAGUGCCCCACCUUCAAGCGGGAGGCGGACGGGACGGAGUCGCCCGAGGCCUUCGCGGCCGAGGCCAAGUUCUUCACCGAGUCGCGGCUGCUCCAGAGGGACGUGCAGAUCAUCCUGGAGAGCUGCCCCAACCAGGUCAUCCUGGGCACCAUCAUGCACCCGAACGGGAACAUCACGGAGCUGCUGCUGAAGGAGGGCUUCGCCCGCUGCGUGGACUGGUCCAUGGCGGUGUACACGCAGGGCGCCGACAAGCUGAGGGCGGCCGAACGGUCAGCCAAAGAGCGCAAGGUCAGGAUCUGGAAGGACUACGUGGCCCCCACUGCAAACCUGGAUCAGAAAGACCGGCAGUUUGUGGCAAAGGUGAUGCAAGUGGUGAACGCAGACGCCAUCGUGGUGAAGCUGAACUCGGGCGAGUGCAAGACCAUCCACCUGUCCAGCAUCCGGCCCCCCAGGAUCGAGGGAGAGUCCAAUCAGGAGAAGAACAAGGACAAAGACAAGAGGUUCCGCCCCCUGUAUGACAUCCCGUACAUGUUCGAGGCCCGGGAGUUCAUGAGGAAGAAGCUCAUCGGGAAGAAGGUGAACGUGACGGUGGAUUACAUCAGAGCCGCCACCGCCGCCUCAGACCUGGGCGGGGGCUCCAUCCCGGCCUUCCCAGAACGCACCUGUGCCACCGUCACCAUCGGCGGAAUCAACAUCGCCGAGGCGCUCGUCAGCAAAGGCCUGGCCACGGUGAUCCGGUAUCGCCAGGACGACGACCAGAGGUCCUCCCACUACGACGAGCUGCUCGCCGCCGAGGCCAGGGCCAUCAAGAACGCCAAAGGGCUCCACAGCAAGAAGGAAGUUCCCAUUCACCGGGUGGCCGACAUUUCUGGGGAGACGCAGAAGGCCAAGCAGUUCCUGCCCUUCCUGCAGCGGGCGGGCCGCUCGGAGGCGGUGGUGGAGUACGUGUUCAGCGGCUCCCGGCUCAAGCUCUACAUGCCCAAAGAGACCUGCCUCAUCACCUUCCUCCUCGCCGGUAUCGAGUGCCCGAGGGGGUCCCGGAACACGCCGGGGGGUCUGCAGGAGGCGGAGCCUUUCAGCGAGGAGGCCAUGCUGUUCACCAAGGAGCUGGUUCUGCAGAGAGAGGUGGAGGUGGAGGUGGAGAGCAUGGACAAAGCGGGCAACUUCAUCGGCUGGCUGCACAUCGACGGGGUGAACCUGUCGGUGGCCCUGGUGGAGCACGCCCUGUCGAAGGUGCACUUCACCGCCGAGCGCAGCUCCUACUACAAGACCCUGGUGUCCGGGGAGGAGGCCGCCCGCCUGAGGAGGGAGAAGGUCUGGGCCAAUUACGAGGAGAAGCCGGUGGAGGAGGUGGUGCCGGUGAUGGAGGAGAAGGAGCGGGUGGCCAACUACCGGUGCGUGUACGUGACGGAGAUCACGGACGCCCUGCACUUCUACACCCAGGACGUCGAGACGGGAGCCCAGCUGGAGAGCCUGAUGGAGACCAUGAGGGGGGAGAUCGCCGCCCACCCGCCCGUGGAGGGGUCCUACAUGCCCCGCCGAGGGGACUACUGCAUCUCCAAAUUCGCCGACGGGGAAUGGUACAGAGCGCGAGUAGAGAAAGUGGAAUCUCCGGCCAAAAUCCACGUGUUCUACAUCGACUACGGCAAUAGGGAGACGGUCCCGUCCACCCGCCUGGCAGCCCUGUCCCCCGCCUUCAACGUGCGGACCCUGCCGGCCCAGGCCACCGAGUACACCUUCGCCUACAUCCAGGUCCCGCAAGACGAGGACGCUCGUGCGGACAUGGUGGACAGCGUGGUGCGGGACAUCCAGAACACGCAGUGCAUGCUGAACGUGGAGUACCAGGGCCCCACCUGCCCCCACGUCACCCUGCAGUUCGCCGACUCCAAGGACGACGUGGGCCUGGGCCUGGUCAAGGAGGGCAUGGUCAUGGUCGACGUGCGGAAAGAGAAGCACCUGCAGAAAAUGGUGACCGAGUACCUGAACGGGCAGGAGUCCGCCAAAACCGCCAGGCUGAACAUCUGGCGUUACGGGGACUUCCGGGCCGACGACGCCGACGAGUUCGGCUACAACCGCUAACCCCGCCGCUCCCGAGGCCCGUCGCGGCAGAGACACACGCUCACUCCUUAAAAAUAAACAAAAUAAAGAAAAAAAAUAUGAAAAAAAAACAUGAAAACGGCAGCAUUGACAUUCUUCCUUCAUUCCUCUUUUGUCAAGUCACUCCUCUCUCCCUCUCUCUCUGUUUCUCCUCCUCUACCUCAGUGGCUUUUUUCCCCCCCUCCUCCAGGAGUUCCCACAGCCAUGGCUGUGGAUGGGCGGGGCUUCCCACAGCCAUGUCUGUAGAUGUCUGUAGGGACUCGCCACUGGCAACAUGGUUCUGAUCAGUCAUUGACCAGAGGGAGAGAGAGAGAGAGAGAGAGAGAGAGAGAGAGAGAGAGAGAGCGUGCCUGGGAGACCCAUUACCCCCCUCCCCCUCUCCAUCCUUCCGACAGCUUGCUUUCUUGAGAAAAUGCUUCCUAAAUAAAGAAAACUAUAUAAAUGUAAAUGUAUAUGAUUAAAAAAAAAAAAGAAAUAAAAAAAAAAGAAGCUAGAAAAACCAACGUAAACAAAAUCAAUGAGCUUAUUUUUGUUUGCUUUUUUUAAGAAAAAAAAUGUAUAUGAGAAUGUUUGAGGCGGUGGUGAAUAUGGUGUUUUAUGUAGGGAGUGUUUCUCUCUCUUGGCGAGAAGCUGCAGAUGAUUUUGAUGAAAACGCUUCUCUCUGUCCGUGUUGUUUACAGGUACCGGUCAGUCUUUUUAUCUGGGCUCCGUAGCGAAAACAGUGUUUGAACCACAUUUUUCCCAAGAUGAACUUGUCAUUGUAUUUAAAUCUUUCCCUGCCUAAUAAAGUUAGCAAAAAAUCUGA